CGAGUAGGUACAAACUGCAAACAUUAAGAUUUGAGAUGCUCAUACGCGCAUAACCGUCGCACGUUGGCGCCCAAAUCGUUGUUUUUCCCAUUGUUGUACUCGAUGCGCGUGCGUUUUCGUCGUGAGUUCCUCGUCUUAGAAGUUUUCAAGAACUUGUAAGUGUCUCGCCCAUUCGCAUCGCGUGACCAUUAGCCAUGUCGUUCUCAAGCUUUUGAAUCUUGUGCAGUGGAUAAUUUAUUCGUUAUUUUGUACGGUCGGUGGUUUUUGUCGUUAGUGAGACUUAGGCUUCAGCGAAUUCCAAUCAUUUCUCGUAAAAGUCGCGUAUAAUAAUACCAUGGAGAGCCGAAAAUCAAUAAAAACCUACUAUGGUUUUUUAUUGGUCAAAAAAGUUAGUGGUACAGUUUGUGGACGAUUUCCAGUAACAAAGAAAGAAUGCAUUUUAGGCCGUGAUAAUAAUUGUGAUAUAAGGAUUCUUUUAGAAAAAGUGUCAGCUCAACAAUGUAGUAUAUUAUGUAUUGAUAAUAAAGCAUAUGUUCGUGAUAAAAGUAUUGCUGGUUCAACCAAAGUAAAUGGUAAAAAAGUUGGCAGAAGUAAUUUUUUGUUGCAUGAUUCAGAUGAAAUUGAAAUUUGUGGUAGAAAAUUUGUUUGGGAAUAUCCUAAGAAACCACAUGGAGAAUUAAAUAAUUUAUCUUGCAAAAAGUCUUGGAUAAAAAAUGAUCAUUUUUCACCAAGAGUACCAGAACGUUUUUCAAACCAAGUCAUCACACCAUUGGACAAUAACAAAAUAUUUUCAACUUCGUCUAAGAGCAGCAUGAAAACUCCUUCGAAAACAAUAAUUAGCCUAAAUAAAACACCAAUUGUUGUCACCACAGAAAAUAUGUCUAAAUCUUCAUUUGAUGAAGUGCAGAAUAGCUUACAGAACCAAAAUUCAAAUUCUACUGUUCAACCUGGAUCUAAAUAUAUUAAAUCAUAUUCAAUGACUCCUAUCCGAAAUAUACCGCUUCUCAGGGAUUCUAAAUCCACUCCAAGAAAAUCAUGGAUUGUUACAAAUACAUCAGACAAUUUAUCUUCAAUUGGAGCUCAUAACAGAUUAUCUACUCAGAGGUUAAAGAGAGAUUCUACACCUGAGUUAAAUUCUAGUUAUCAUUAUGAAGAUGAAGACGUAGAAUUUGAUUCCCCAGAUCCACCAAAUCUUGUAUUGAAUAGUGAACAGUCUGUUGAUAUAAAUAUUAAUAAUGCCAUUGAUAACAAUUUACCAAUUGAUAACCAACCAGAAUUGAAAGAUAAAGAUAAUGAUAACUUACUAUCUAAUUCCGAUAACAUAAAUAAAUUAACAGUUUCUGAACCUGAAUCAGGCCCAUCUAGAAGAGAUACAUACUCUAUUGAUAAUAGAUCUAUAGUGAUCGAAGAAAAUACUACACCUGCUCCAAGGCGUUCUAUUUUGAAGUGUUCAAAAACUACUAAACCUAAUCGAUCAAGAUCUAACUGUCGAAUGGUUCAGUUUGCUCGUUUACCAAAAACUGAUAGUAAGAUUAAAAAUACAAAAACUCGAUUAAAUCCAGGAUUUAAUUUUAUUGUUACAGAUGAUGAAAAUAAUUUGAUUGAUUCUAAUCAAAGUACUAAAAAUUCUAUGCAAUUUGAUGUUGAAGAAUAUGAUGAUGAUUUAGAUGGUGUGCAGCCAUUAGAUAUUAGUGUUUCAUCUCUAAUUAAUUCGCCAAUUUUAGACAAUAGUAAUAAUAAAUCGUCAAAACGGGGAUCAAGAGGAAAUAAAGUAAUGAGUCUUGUUAAUUCCAUUGAAAAGCGUACCAAUGAAUCUCCUAAACAUAGUAUUCGAGCAUCUGAUCUGCUAAGUAUGAAUGGAUCAAAACAUAUAGAGACAUCACCUAAUGAUGAUUCUCAAAAUAAUGCAAAUAUUUUACAAGAAUCAGUUUCUUCGUCAAGACGAAUUAAUUUAGAAGAUAUUUUUGAAGCUGAAGAUUCACUAAAAACUACUUGUAAUAUUGAAACUGAAACAAUAGUUCAAGAAACUAAAAAAAGUCCAGUAAAAAUUGUUGAAACAGUUUCAAGUCCUAAAACAAAUUUGUUAAAUAUUACAGAUACAGAAAAAAUACCAGUCACUUUUACUGAAGAUGAAUCUGUAAAUGAUAUAAAUCUUGAAUGUGAGUAUACAUUUGCUCCACCAUUAAAUCUUCCUUCAGUGAACUCUAGUUCUAUUACAGUAAAUGAUAGUGAUUUAACUAGUGUUGAUAUUGAAAAGGAUUCUAUUUCUACUGAAAAAAUUGAUCUGUCUGAUACAAGUUCAAAACUUGAUACCUCUUGUAUUACAGAAGACUGUACAACAUCUAAAAACGAAUUUCUUACAAAGUCUGAUAAUGUUGAAAGUCUUGAUCAUGAAUUAAAUAAUACAUCUCCACAUAAUGAAAAUAUAGGUGAAACUCAAAAAGACCACUCUAAUUAUUUGAAAAAUACAAUAAUUAACCUUAUAGAUAAAGAACAUUAUCAUAAACAGAAAGAUGAUUCUGAAUUUGUCAAUGAUGAUAUAUGUACCAAUGAAAUAUCUACAUCAAAGAAUGAUAAUCAAGUUGCUAAGAAUAUUAAACCUAUAGAGGAUGAACUUAAAACAAAACAAAACUCUAUUGUAGAACUUGUCAGUAAAUCUUCAGAUCUGAAUUUUGAUCAAACAAAUAAACAAAGUUCUGUUUCAAAAGCUGUUGAACAAACUCUAAAUGGUGAAACUCCAUCAAUAGUAGUUCAAAGUAUGUCUGAAAUGUUCAAUGCAAGUAUUGAUGAACAUGAAACAACACAUUCACAACAUAAAGAAAGUCUUGUAGAAACAUAUAUAUUAGUGGGAAAAGAUAAUCUACAAAAUUCAUUAGAAAUAAAUGAACCAAAUAUGGACAAAUGUAAUAAAACAUUAAGUGAUAAAAGUGUUUCAUUAACUGAACCUGUAAACAAAAGCCUUAUUGAUGCUAUUGAAGUGCAGCUUGAUAAGAUGCAUAGUGAAAAUGACAUAAACUCUAAUUGUAAUAAAAAUAAAACUAUUCCUAUAGAUUCAACAUUGGCUUUAAAUAAACAGAAAACAUUAACGUCAAAUUUAGUUCUCGAAGAAACAGAUACCGAAAAACAUACUUUAAAAAUAAAUGAUCUUCUAUCAAACAAUUCUUUAAAUACAUUAACAGUUGAUGAACCUACAGAAAUUAUAUCUAAUUCGGUAUCCAUGUCAACAAAAUCCCCAGUAAAAAGUAAUGUUAAUAAUCACUGUCUAACAGAGUUGGACAAUUCUAAUACUUCUGAAUUGUCCACCAAAACUGCAGUUGAUGAACCUAAUUCUGUGCAGAAUACAAAUUUAAGUAACAAAGAAUCAAAUAGCCUAUCUAAAACUAUAUCCUCAGACAAUCUUUCUCUAAAGGAUAUUUCUCCAAAACCUAAAAAAAUUACAAUCAGUUUGGAUCAAUUAAAAUCUGCUCUUGGUGCUAAUAAUUCUAAAGAAUUAAGAAAAUCUGUCAGAUCACCAGUAAAAGAAUCUAUUAGACCUGAUCAUACUAUAAUUAAUUCAACUAAAAAGAUAAUUGCAGAACUUAUGGAUUCAUCUAGUGAUAGUGAAAAUGACCAAAAUAAAAAUUUAGAUCAUUCAUUAGAUACUUCUAUUGGUAGACCUAGGUAUGAAUCUACCCCUGGAAUUUCAAAAAAUUCAAAAAACUUAUUUUAUUAUAUUACAAGUUUACAGCCUGAUGAAACCACAACAGAAAUAGCAGAUGAUUCUGCUAAGAAUAAAGAUAGAUUAAGUGGUGAUGAAAAAUCUACUCCAGUUAAUUCAUUUGAUGCUGAUCAACAAACAUGGUCACAAAUGAUGAGAGACUUUAAUGAAUCUGUUAAAAAAGCGUCUAUUAACUUUAAUGCCAAUAUUAAUAAAACGGGUAAACAUAAAAAACAAUUAUUUGUUAAAAAAUCAAAAGACACAAGUAUCAAGAAAAAUAUAUCAGAAACUAAAAAAAAUAAUUCUAUGCAGUGUUCAGUGUCAUUAAUUAUGUCUAAUAAUACUUCAAAUGAGUCUACUCAAGUUAUAAGACCUAUAAGAAAUGAAUCUAUUCGAGUUCGAAGAUCUAUGUUAAGCAAUAAAAGAAGAUCCAUUAGAUCUACCAAUUCCCAAACUAGUUACAUUGAUAAUUACGAUUCAGCAGAAACUAGCAAUACUGAUGAAAUAUUACCGAGAAAAAAUAAUUCCAUUGAUAAAAAAACUGUUAAAACAAAAUUAAACCGUUCAAAGAAAAGGAAAUCUAUAACUACUAUUUCAAAAUCUGAUUCUAAAAGUGAUAAUUACUCUACAACUUCAAGCUCAUCAUCAGAAGAAGAUACACAUGCAUCUAGCCAAACUAAAAAAAUAACAAAAAAUCGGAAUUAUAGUUCUAAAUCACCUUUACCUUCUAUGAGUGUGAAAAAAAUUGAUUCAAAUAAUUUGAUGAAAAAACAUGUUAAAGUAAAAAUAAUGGUUAACAAAGAUUCAUUAUCAAGUAGUGAUAAUGAAACGACUUGUUCUUUGAGUUCUCCGGAUGAAGUACAAACAUUUGAUAGAGAAUUGCGUAGGAGAAAACUUAAUAAUUAUACUUCCUCUAUUAAAGCCAAAAAAAAUACAUUAAAUGCUAAUGGAAUUAAAACAAUAGGAAAAUCAAAAAAAAAUACCUCAUCUACUAAGACAUAUAUUGAUACUAAUAAUACAUUAUCUGAAACAAACAAAUUGAAGUUGGAUAAAAAUAAUAAAACGUCAUGUGUAGUUAAAUCCAAAUCUACCAAAAUUUCAAAAACUGUUAAAACAAAAAAAUCCUCAAAUGUAAGAACAACUAAGAAUUCUCGGUCAAAACGUCUCUUACCUUCUAAACCAAUUAAAACAAAUUCAAAAGAUUUUUCUGAAAAUGAAUCAUCAAAUGAAACCAUAGAGAGUACCAAAAAAUUACAAUCAGUUGAUCCACCCAAAUCAAUAAAAGAAAAAACUCAGAAGAAAGAUGUUUAUAUUGAUAAUAAUUUACUCUCAUUACCAACUAGACGUAGUCAAAGAGAAAAAAUUAAAAUCUCUGAUGUUUCAAUACAACCAAGAACACAAAGUCGCAAACGUGCAACCGAUGUGUCACCUUUAACUCAAAACAGUAAAGACAAUAAAAAAGAAAUUUUAUCCAAAGAAGUAGCGAGCUUAAUUUCUCAGGCUUUAAACUCUCCAAAGAAACCAAGUUAUAUUCUACCUAGACAAAAUUCAGCAGUUAAUCAAGUUCCUGAUAAAUCUUUACCAGAAACAACAAAGAAAUCUGCGAGUUUAAGAACUAAUAAAAAUGUAGAGUCUGAAACCGAAGAAAGUACUCAAAAACCUCAAUCAAUUAGUUGUCCAUCUAAGUCUACCAAAGAAAAAACUAAAAAAAAGGAUAUUACUAUUGAUAACAAUUUAUCUUCAUUGUCAACUAAAUGUAAUCUAAGGGAAAAAAUUAAAACUUCAGAAGUUUCAUUGCAGCUGCCAAAAACACAAAGCCGCAAACGUGCAGCUGAUACAUCACCUUUAUCUCAGCCCAGUGCUAAAGGCAAAAAAUGUGAUAUUUUAUCCAAAGUUGCAAACACAGUUUCUCGAGCUUCAAAUUCUCCAAAUAUACGUACCCGAAAUAUGUCCAAAAUAUCUGUUAAACAAGCAUCUAAUAAUUCUUUUCCUGAAAGUACAGUAGUUAGUAAAAAAGAAAAGAAAAAAUCAAAUGAAAAAGUAAAACCAAAAUCAAAUGAAAAUACUCGAGCUAAAAAGCGUCAAUUGAAUUCUGAUAAUUGUUCUUUUGACUCUGCUCCAUCUACAUGUAAAAAAUUAAGACAAGUAACUCUCAGAGGAGCAGACAGUGAAAAUAAAAAAUCUGAUUUAUCUACCCACACAACUUCUAAACUUAAAAAUCAGAAUACAGAUACUUCUACUGAGCCUGAUGCAUCUCACAAAGUGAAAUACAACAAAAAUAUUGAAAAAUCAAAUUCACCUGUACAAAAAAAAACUAGAAAUACUGGAAAGUCAAUUUCGCCCAUUCAAAGAAAAACGAGAAAAGCAAAACAAGCCGCUUCAAAAGAUAAAGAGACAAUUAUUUCUCCUCGAGUACUAAGAGUCAGAGACAAGAAAAAGUGAAAAAAAAAUAUCCACGAAUAAUUUUAUUUAUUUGUAUCUUUUUUUUUUUUUUAUCGUUUAUAUUAAUUUUUAUUGUGUUACUAAUUGACGU